UUCCAAAAAUAGCACCCCCAGUGUCGGUUUUUAUAGCUGGAGCUGAGAAGGGGACUGGACGAGUUCUUCAUGUCCUUUAUCUUCCCUAGCAACUGUACCAUAGGAGUGAUCACUAGGUGAUAGAGGGACCUCCCCGUACGGAAGAGCGAUGGACCCGUUGGUAGCGACGGUGUUGACUGCUGCCGAGCAGGGCCACAAGCAGAGGCUCGCCACACUGCUGAGGAGAACCCCGCCAUGGCCGAGGCCUGCGACGAGGAGGGCUCCACGCCGAUCAUGUACGCUGCAGCCAACGGCAGGGAAAACGUCCUCUAUCUCCUCGUGCAAAACCAGGUGGACGUGGAUGCCCAGAACCUCUAUGGUUGGACGGCACUGAUGCAGGCGUCGUGUUACGGUCACCUCACCUGUGCCAUGCUCCUGGUCCAGUACAAGGCCGACGUCCUUCUCUGCAACAGCUGGGGGGCCAGUGCCCUGGUGGGAGCUGCUCAGGGUGGCUUCGAUACUGUUGUGCAGUUUCUCCUUGACAAAGGAGCCCGUGUGAACGAGGCCGAGGAGGUAACCUCCCUCACCUCUCUCAUGGCAGCUGCCCAGUGCGGACACGUCGACAUUGUCGCCAAACUCAUCAAAGCUGGUUCAAAUGUAAACGCAGUCUGCAAGACCACUGGCUGGUCGGCACUGAUGCUGGCGGCCAUCAACAACCAGAAAGAGGUGGUGACUCUUCUCCUGCAGCAUGGAGCCAAUAAGGACCACCAGGACGUCUCCAAGAGGACAGCGGUGCAGCUGGCCGCUGUCCUGGGCCACAGGGAGGCAGCUCUCGCUCUGGAUGACAAGAUCGAUACUGUGUCAGAUGCCGACUUUUUCGAAGCAGUCAAAACAGGUCAGGCAGAGCUGAUCAGCACCAUGUUGAGAGACUCGCCAGCUCUUGCAAACGCCAAGACCAAGGACGGGGUGACCCCUCUCAUGAGGGCCGCUAAUAAGGGCCACGUGAAGGUAUGUGAAACCUUGCUCUCAGCGGUUGCCCAGUCAAUGCCAAAGACUCUGUCAAUGGGUGGACUGCACUCAUGCAAGCCACUCACCAAAGUGUUUGACUGGGCCAGAGCUAGUAUUAGGAUGACUGGGGUAAGUAUGAAAGAAGGGAUGAGGAGGUACGAGGUUGCUAAGCUACUGGGUAACCAUGGAGCUGCCGUCAACCUGAGGGGUAAGAGUGGAUCGACUGCCUUUGACAUUGCUAACAUGUUGGGUGACAUAGAGAUGAUUCGGAUCGUGGCAAACAUAAGUGUGGAGCGUAUCCGAAAAACCAGCGCCCCUCCUCCAUCAACCACCCCCGGAUCUGACGUCCCCUCGUUACAAGUCUCGACCACGCCCCCUAACAACAGUUCUGCCACGCCCACCACCUCCACCCCGACUCCGGAGUCUCCCACUACUCCGGGGGGUGCCCCCCCACAGAAGAAACAUUCGGUUCCCCUGGGUCCCCCGAGAUUCAAACCCCCCCUGACCCCCACCUCCAACAAACAGCCUCUGGACACCUCAGAGCUCAUCCGGAAACUGAAAAUGGCGUAUGCAGACCCAGUGUCUCCACUGCUAUUCCCUCCACUGGCUCUAGUUUCAGUUGUCUUCCUACUCUUUGUCUCUCUUCAGAAAGCGAUGGUGUCGUCGUCAGCGCAAGACAGUCCAGGGGCACUCCCUCGUUUCCCCGGAUCUCGUCUCCGUAGCAACCAGAAGUCCCGCCCAGGCAGAAUUCCGUCGUUGUCAUCGCUGAACUCGUCCUCCGAUACUUACUGCUCCGUCUCUCCCGGCACCAGUAAUAGCUCCGCCCACCUGGACAGCAGCUCGCAGUCACGGGGGGACUGUCCCCUUACUCCGGAGCCACCCCGGAGUGCCUCGUAUCUUACCCCAGACAGACCCUCCGUGGGUCUCGGGGGGAGGGGCGGGGCUGCGACUGCGAGGUUCCUCUCUCGGAGUAAUCCCCCGCCCACCCAGCGUGUGAGUGGUGGGAAAAGAAGUGGAGGAGGAAGAGGGGGUGGGAGAGGGGGGAUUAGUAUCCCGCCCCUGAGAAUCACUGCUAAUAGACACUCUCUCAUCAGUCUCGAAGCAGCUGACACGACAAAGAUCGCUGGCCAGGCGCCUCUCCUGCGAGGCGGCACGGGGAGGGAAGACCUCCCGUUGUUUCUACAAAAGUUCGAGCCGUCGUCGUCCCGAGUUCCUCCGGUGAUAUCGGUGGCUGGCGGGAGGUCAAAGGACAUUGUCCCCCAGUCCUGGAGAGUGCCGGGAGGACAGCGGAGUCUGGAGGCCGAGAAACUGAAGCUGCAGGAAGCCCCGAUUACUCGCAGACGUAGUUUCACAGUUCCUGCUAAAGUUCCCCCCAAAUCCAGACCAGCCCUGCAGAUUGCCCUGGAGCAGUCUCUACUAGGAGAAUACUACUACGUCUUUGCCGAACAAGAGCUGGACCUCUGUUCAUUCCUCACACUCUCCGAGAGUGACCUCAUUGACCUCCACAUCACCAAUACCAACGACAGACAGCGUCUCCUCUCACUUAUCCAGAGACUCCGGAAUAGGAACCGGACCGACCCCUCGUCAGAACAGAACAGAGCCAGCUCAAAUGGAGCUGCCUCAAACACGUUGUUCACACUGAAGUUCUCCACAAAACAAAUGGAGAGGGCGGCAAAAAAGUGUGAGAAGGACCAGAGGGCACAGCAGGCAAAGGUCAAAAAGGCACUGGCCCAGGGAAACAUAGAGGGGGCCAGGAUCUACGCAGAGAACGCCAUUAGGAAGAAGAACGAGGGACUCAACUACCUGAGAAUGGCUGCCAGGGUCGACGCUGUCACUAACAGAGUCCAGACCGCAGUCAUGACCAAGGAGCUAACAAAGAUGAUGGGAGGUGUGGUCAAUGGACUCGACAAAGUCGUGCAGUCCAUGGAUCUAGAGAAGAUCUCGGGGACGAUGUCAAAGUUUGAGGGCCUAUUCCAAGACCUUGAUGUCCACACGGAGGUGAUGGACUCCACGAUGAGUGCUGCCACCACUCUCAAUACCCCCGAGGACCAGGUCACCGGCCUCAUGAAACAGGUGGCGGAGGAGAAUGGACUGGAGGUGAUGGAUCAGCUCUCGGCCAACCCAGUCGCCACCAGAGACCCCACUGCAGCCUCCGCCGUGGGCUCCAGCACCCUCACCAUGGCCGAGGAGGAACAGCUGUCUCGCAGGCUAGCAGCAUUGAGACAGCCAAACUAACUCCCUCACCUCAUUAUUUCUACACACAAUACAUUAUACAACAUGUAAAAACACAGUGUAUGUGUGUAUUUGCUUUUUGAAUCUCCAAAAUUCAUGAGCACCGUAUACAUACACACACCGAC